CUAAAAAAAAGCAAACAAACACAAUAGAAUAUUAAACAGAAAGUCCAUUGUGUCAUUAAAGUAAAGCAGAACUAGGGAAAUCAUAAUCAAAAUCUCAAUGGAGAUUGAAACUGAAACAGAUAAAUUAUUAGCCAAUAGCGAUGACAAUGAAACUGAUGAAACUGCAGGCGUCUUAGUAUACGAUGAGUUUUCAAAACUCAAACACAAACAACAACAUCAAACAGAUGAUUCUUCUGAUAGUGAGGACACCGAAGAAGGAGCUGAUAAGCCUGUUAUUAGUAGCAAUGAUUCAGAUGAUGAAGAUUCGCCAAAUCUUUCCAACUCGAAUAAAAACGAAGUUUAUAGAACAUCAAAUAGACAUGAAUACGAAAAGGUUAAACAAGAAACAGAAACCGUAGAAAUUAUUCAAGAAAUCGAUAAUGCUAACUGCAGCAGUAUAAAAGAAAUGAUAGAAAAAGCAGAAUGUCAAUUAAAUGACACUGUUCAUGAACCGUCAACGACAACAACAAUAACAGCAAAUAUAAAGGUUAUUGAAUCACAAGUCGAUGAAGACGAGACCUUCACUGAUGAAGCUUUAAAACUGAAAACCAUUUCCAAAUCCACUGACAGUCCCAAUCAAUCAUUGGAUUUUUUCUAUUCGGCCAAUGAUCUUUUUGAAUACGAACAUGUUUUACGAAGACAUGAAUCUCGUACGCCUGAUGUUGAAUCGGGUUAUUUUGAAAAAUCCGAUAGUUUGUAUUCGAAGGAGGAAUUUGAGGCACGCAGCUCUUCGCGUCAGCCUUCCCAGUAUGAUCAAACUAUAUCGGAAAGUUUACAUAAUCAAUUGAAUAGAUUUGAUUUGUUAAUAGACACCAUCGAUCAGCGUAAUGCCAUGAAUAUUGCCUCGAAUGCCGAGGAGCGUGGCUAUUGGUCUACAAUUUUUGGCCAGGCCAGUGAAAUUGAAACGUAUGAUGAAAUGUCGCAGGAAAAGAAGGCUCAUCGUGCUCUUGAGCUUUUAGAGGAUUAUCAUUCAAGAUUAUCAGAGCCACAGGAUCGUGCUCUACGCAUUGCCAUCGAACGUGUCAUACGUAUUUUUAAAUCACGUCUGUUCCAAGCUUUAUUAGAUAUUCAAGAAUUCUAUGAGCUUACCUUGCUAGAUGAUUCAAAAACUAUACAACAAAAAACAGUUGAAACUUUACAAAUUGCCAGUAAAUGGGAACAAGAUGGUCAUACCGUUAAAAUUGCUGAUAAUCAAACUGUUAAAGUAGCUGCAGAAGCUGAAGUGAAAAAAGAACAACAACAAACAGAGGCGGCUAAUGUAACAACACAAGCAGCAAUAGAUGUACAACAACAGCAGCAGCAACAGCAACAGAACAAUGGUCGUCAAACAUUGUCAGGAAAUACAGAUGUAAAUAUUGUUAAUGGUGAUGAAAGCUGGCAAUAUGAAGAUAUUACUUUAGAACGUGGCAAUUCUGGUUUAGGUUUUUCCAUUGCCGGUGGCACAGACAAUCCUCAUGUUGGUAACGAUUCCUCCAUUUAUAUUACUAAAUUAAUACCGGGCGGUGCUGCUGCAGCCGAUGGACGUUUAAGUGUCAACGAUAUUAUUGUUUCGGUCAAUGAUGUCUCUGUGGUCGAUGUACCUCAUGCCUCGGCGGUGGAUGCCUUAAAAAAAGCCGGCAAUAUUGUUAAGUUACAUGUGAAAAGAAAACGCACUGGCGGUGGUGGAGGUAGUGGCGCAGGCGCUGUUGAUGGUAUUAGCUCUAAGAUGUCUGCGAUACAGUCAGGCGAUGCGGGACCUAAAGUAAUCGAAAUCGAUUUGGUAAAGGGUGGAAAAGGUUUGGGCUUUUCUAUAGCCGGCGGUAUUGGUAAUCAGCAUAUACCAGGCGAUAAUGGUAUUUAUGUAACUAAAAUAAUGGAUGGUGGUGCUGCUGCUGUCGAUGGUCGUUUAUCAAUUGGUGAUAAGCUUAUAGCUGUCAAGGCUAAUGGGGUCGAUAAAAAUCUAGAAAAUGUUACACACGAAGAAGCCGUUGCCACUUUAAAAUCCGUUGUCGAUAAAGUAACAUUGGUUGUAGGCAAAUCGGGUCAUAUUAUUUCAACAUCGGGACAUCAUUUCAAUCAAGUGAAUUCGCAUUCAACAGGUGCGAUAAAUACUAUAGGACAAACUGUUGUUGAUUUUGCUCGUUCAUCUUCCACCACACCAUACACAACUACCACCAACAACAUCAACAACAACAAUACAAAUGCUAUGCAACCACCAACAACAGCUACAAUUACUAAUAAUAGCAAUAAUCAGCACCAUGCAUCUUCCCCAGCUGUAGCUGAAAUAAUUCCCACAUCUACAUCUAGAUCCCAGUCACCUUUGCCUCAACAACCAGCAUCUAGGUAUGCCUCAUCAAAUGUUUUGGCUGCCGUGCCGCCCGGCACUCCAAGAGCUGUUAGCACUGAGGAUAUAACAAGAGAAUCACGAACAAUCACCAUACAAAAAGGACCACAAGGUUUAGGUUUUAAUAUUGUAGGCGGCGAAGAUGGUCAAGGUAUUUAUGUCUCCUUUAUAUUGGCGGGUGGACCAGCCGAUUUGGGUGGUGAAUUAAAACGAGGAGACCAGUUAUUAAGUUGUAAUGAUAUCGAUUUAAGAAGUGCCACACACGAAGAAGCUGCCCAGGCCUUAAAGAAAUCUGGCGGUGUGGUUACCCUUGUCGCCCAAUACAGACCCGAAGAAUAUAAUCGUUUUGAGGCACGCAUACAAGAGCUUAAGCAACAGGCUGCUCUUACGGCCGGCAGUACUGGCACUCUAUUGCGUACAACACAAAAACGUUCAUUAUAUGUACGGGCUCUCUUCGAUUACGAUCCAAAUCGUGAUGAUGGUCUGCCCUCGCGAGGUCUACCAUUUAGACAUGGUGAUAUUUUGCAUGUAACAAAUGCCUCGGAUGAUGAAUGGUGGCAGGCACGUCGUGUCUUGGGCGAUAAUGAGGAUGAACAAAUUGGUAUUGUACCAUCGAAACGUCGAUGGGAACGUAAAAUGCGUGCGCGAGAUCGUAGUGUUAAAUUUCAAGGUCAAUCAGCGCAAAGUGCAAAUAAUAAUAUGGAUAAGCAAUCAACACUUGAUAGAAAAAAGAAAAAUUUUACUUUUUCACGCAAAUUUCCUUUUAUGAAGAGUCGCGAUGAACGCAAUGAAGAUGGUAGCGAUCAAGAGCCUAAUGGAAUUGCAGCCAGUAAUAGUGAGCUAGAUGUUAAUAAUUUAAACAACAAUGAUUCCAAUGAACCACAGCCUUUUAUGCUUUGCUACACACAAGACGAUGCCAAUGCUGAAGGAGGCAACGAAAUCAUCUAUAGAGUGGAACUACCCGAUAUGGAACAAAUAACUCUUAUCUACCUGGAGAAUAGUGAUGCUGACUAUCCUUCAGAAGAGAACGUGUUAUCGUACGAGGCUGUGCAACGGUUAUCUAUAAAUUACACCAGACCCGUUAUAAUAUUGGGUCCCCUAAAGGAUCGUAUUAAUGAUGACUUAAUAUCAGAAUAUCCAGAUAAAUUUGGAUCAUGUGUGCCACAUACAACACGUCCCAAGCGUGAUUAUGAAGUGGAUGGACGUGAUUAUCAUUUUGUAUCAUCGCGCGAACAAAUGGAACAUGAUAUACAAAAUCAUCUAUUUAUUGAGGCUGGUCAAUACAAUGAUAAUUUGUAUGGCACCUCUGUAGCCAGUGUACGUGAAGUUGCCGAAAAGGGUAAACAUUGUAUUCUAGAUGUAUCGGGCAAUGCAAUAAAACGUUUACAAGUAGCACAAUUAUAUCCAAUUGCUGUAUUUAUUAAACCUAAAUCUGUCGAUUCAAUCAUGGAAAUGAAUCGUCGUAUGACCGAAGAACAAGCUAAGAAAACAUAUGAACGUGCUAUCAAAAUGGAACAAGAAUUCGGAGAGUACUUUACUGGCGUAGUACAAGGCGAUACUAUCGAAGAAAUCUACAGUAAAGUGAAAUCAAUGAUUUGGUCACAAUCUGGUCCAACUAUAUGGGUACCUUCUAAGGAAUCACUAUGACCAACCGCUACGACGACAUGGACACUGCCACCUCGAGUACGUUGUCGACCAGUCUCGAGAUCAACGACAAAUACACUACAUCAACAACAGCAACAUAAAACACAUUAAAAGAAAAGCAACAUACACACAAAACAACAUACAAACAAAAAAAUAGAAACAAACGUAAAAGAAAAUCCUAAAACUAUAAAGAAAAUAAGAAACAGAAAAAAAAUGGCUAUAAAAAUACGUUAGAAGCCAUAUUAUAGAAUUAUAUAAACAGAAUAACAAACAAAAUAUUUAUUACAAAGUCUUUCUUUUUUGCAAAAAAGCUUCUUAACUACAACCAACAAUACAACAAAACAAAAGCAAAAGGCAAGAAACGUAUAAGACGACCAUUUAAUAAUUAUUAUCACUAACAUUUAGUUCCCCCGCCCUUAAAAAAAAAUAUGAAAAUUAAAACAAAAAAAAAAAAAAAAACAAAACGUUAUAAACGAUUCUUAAGAUUAGUACGAACAAGAAAAAAGUUUAAUAUAAUUUUUUUGGUAGUAAGAAAAUAAUACAAAAAAAUAUAUAUCCCACGCAUUGGUGAUAAUGCAUUUGUUGUUAUAUUUAGUAAAAAAAAAAAAACAAAGGAAAAGAAAACAAAUUUGAAAAAAUAUAAUAUUCAAAAUGAAUAUUAUGAUUAUAAAUAGUUACAAGAAACAAAAAGAAAUAACUCGAAUACCACAAUUUAACCACCAGACGAUACA